GCUCCGCAACUCCGGAUGUCCCACGCCUUGACCGCGUCUCCUCGUAUUCAACGAGAGCAAGCAUAAAUAGCUUGGAAGAUUUCCCCGAUUGCAAAAAAAAUAAAAAUAAAAAUAAACAAGGAACAGAAGCACAAAGCAACAAUAUCCAGCACCUUUCAGACAGAACACAUCUUUCUUUUCCUCCCCUUCACAAUUUUACUCCAUCGGAAACAUGCCUGCCCGCAAAGCCCUAAUUGCAGUAACCUCCGCCACCGCCACUCUAUUUAACGGCAAGGAGCGCACCGGCCUCUUCAUUAGUGAGGCCCUGCACCCCUACCGCGCCCUCGUGGCGGCCGGAUUUGAGGUCGAUCUGGCCUCGGAGACCGGCAGCUACACGGCGGACUGGCUCUCGCAGCAACCCGACUUCCUGCACGGCGAGGACCUGGCCAUCUGGAACGACGUGGACAGCGAGUUCCGACAGAAGCUCGACCACAUGCGGCCCGCCGCCGAGAUCCUCGCCGACUCAGCGGCCGAGUAUGGGCUAUUCUACGCCUCCGCGGGCCACGCCGCGCUGAUCGACUACCCCACCGCUCGCGCGCUGCAGCAGAUCGCCGAGCAGGUGUGGGCGGCCGGCGGCGUGGUGGCCUCCGUCUGCCACGGGCCCGCUAUCUUUGCGGACCUGCGCGACCGGGCGACAGGUACCCCGAUCAUCCAGGGGCGGAAAAUCACGGGGUUCACGACUGAAGCCGAGGAGACGAUGGGGGUCAUGGCGGACUUGCGCGGGCUCGGAGCGGAGAUGGUGGAGGAGCUGGCGCAGCGGUUAGGGGCGAAGUAUGAACGAUCCGCGGGCAUCUGGGAUGAUUUCCACGUGGUGGACGGGCGGCUGGUGACAGGGCAGAACCCGGCGAGUGCGACGUCGACCGCCCUAGCUGCUAUUGAAGUAUUUGAUAAACUGUAGUUUCUGGUUCAUGUGUAUACGAGAUUGUCUUUUGUUAUUCGGUUUUGUGUUGCGUGCUGGGAUCUGACCUGCGGAGCUUCGCAGAGAUUUCUUGUCGAUUUGUGAACCUCGGUAGUAAUGUUUUCAAGUUUUUGUCGAAUCUUUGGGUCUACUUCCAGUCACUGGUGUAUCGCUUAUGCCUAGAUGAGAGAAUCCUUCACCGCACCAGUUAGACUGACC